CCUCUGUCAGUGGGUAGACAUCCCCGCUGGACAAAUUGAUGUACACAAACUAUAUGGCUAUUAGAAAAAAAUUAAAUUAAUUAAGAACAAACAAGGCGUGCGGUGCAUUAGUUUGUAACAUGGUUAGCCUCGAUCUGCGGCAAAGCUCAACACUGCACAGCCUAGUGUGCCAGUCGAUUCUAGUGCUGUUGUGCCUAAUCUGUUAUGGCUACGGCGGCCUGAGCGGCGCUAAGUUUGUGUUUGAUGACACCGUGGCCAUAGUUAAAAACAAAAAUGUCAACACGCUGCCCACCAAUUGGACGGCCAUCUUUAGCCACGACUUUUGGGGUGCGCCGCUGUUGAGCGCGGAUUCGCACAAAUCCUUUCGGCCGCUGACAACGCUCAUGUUUCAUUACGAAUACGCCUUGCUGGGCUUAAAUGCUGCUCACAUGAAGUUUUUGAACCUGCUGCUGCACUGCGUGAACACGUUGCUCAUAUGGCGCUUGGUGCGGUCACUGUAUGUGGAGGAUAUAGACAUCGAACGCUGGGCUACCAUUUCAGCGGCACUGUUUGCCGUACAUCCAGUGCACACAGAGGCAGUAUCCGGAGUGGUGGGCAGAGCGGAGCUCAUGUUUGGCCUGAUACACCUGCUCUGUCUGCUGCUGACAGUGGCCAGCGCUGACAAGCAACAGGGCGUGAGCAGCGUUAGCCUCAUCCUGCUGCUCACAGCUAUUGGCAUGCUUUUCAAGGAGUCGGCAGUGACCAUACCGAUGUCCUGCGUCAUGUUGGACUACUUUCAGAAUGGCACCUACAUGCUGCCGCUGAAGCUACAGCAGCGGGUUAUCACCAGUCGAUUGCGCUACGUGUGUUACCUCUGUGGCACGCUGCUGCUGCUGGUGUUGCGUCUCUGGUGGCAAAACUUUGAGGCGCCCGAGUUUAAAGCCGUCGACAAUCCAAUUGCACACAACGAGCAGCUGCUCACGCGCGGUCUGUCCCAGCAGUACUUGUAUGUGGUCAACUUUUGGCUGAUGUUAUGCCCACAAUGGCUGUGCUUCGACUGGGCUCUGGGCUGCGUUAAUCUGGUGACCAGCAUUUGGGAUAUGCGUCUGCAGGCAGUCAUUGCAUUCUACUCCUUUAUUAUUGUCACCUUGAUGAACUUUCGACGCUUAGCAGGACUUUUGCUGGGUCUGGCACUGAUGAUCAUUCCAUUUCUGCCCGCCUCGGGCAUUAUACGCGUUGGAUUUGUGAUUGCCGAACGUACGCUGUAUGUGCCUUCGAUGGGCUUCUGCUUGAUGUCCGUAUAUGGCUUCCUCUACUGUUACCAGAACUAUGCGAAAAACAGCUAUUGCCGCGCGGCGCUUCAGGCGCUGCUCAUGCUGCUCUUUACCGUGUUUAUGCUGCGGACGCGGCAGCGCGCUGCACAGUGGCUAAACGAGGAGCAGCUGUUCAGCUCGGCGCUGCAGGUAUGCCCCAACAAUGCCAAGGUGCAUUACAACAUAGCACGCCUAGCCACGGACACCGGCAACAUCAGCAGGGCCUUCCAACAUUACCAAAAGGCCGUCGAGCUGUAUCCCGAGUACGAAUCGGCGCUCAUGAAUCUGGGCAAUCUGUACCGUGAGAAUGGGCAGCUGCAGAUAGCAGAGAAGUAUAUACGCGCCGCAUUGACCGCUUAUCCAGCAUUUCCGGUGGCCUGGAUGAAUCUGGGCAUAGUGCAGUCGGCACAAAAGAAGUACGACCAAGCGCUGGACAGCUAUAAGCAGGCCUUAAAAUAUCGCUCCGACUACGCCGUCUGCUACUAUAACAUGGGCAAUCUGUUUCUGGAGCAGCACCAAUAUGCCGAGGCACUGCAUCAUUGGCAGCAUGCGGUCGCCGUGAAUCCACGACAACCCAAGGCCUGGGCCAAUAUUCUAACCAUGCUCGAUAAUCGCGCCAUGUACGAGGAUGCGUUGCGUAUUUCGGAGCAGGCUCUUGCACAGUUGCCCAACGAACCGAGUAUCAUGUUUAUACGCGCCAAUGUCCUGGGCAAGCUGAGGCACUACCUGGAGGCGGAGACGCUCUACAAGCUCGUCAUUGAGCGCGAUCCAAAGAAUAUGCUUUAUCACACGAAUCUCGGUGUGCUCUACCAUCGCUGGGACAAAGUGCAAGAAGCCAUCGAAUGCUAUCAGACUGCCAUUAGCAUCAAUUCCUUGCGUGCGACAACGGCGCGGGAUAAUCUUGGCAAGCUCUUAAAGCGCUUGAACCGCGAAGCAUACAAGGAGUCACAGUAAGCAAGGGUUUGAUACCUUUUAAAGUUGCCUAAUCUAAGUUGUAGACAUCUGGUCAUAGGCGUAAGUUUCAUCUAUGUAUAUUCAUAACAUUCCUCUAUCUAAGACCAAAGCGAAAGAAAGAACAGUGUGAACAGAAAACGCAAUGGAUAGUGCAAGCGUGAUAUUAUAUUCUAUCUUUCGCCCUUAUUUCCUAUAAUGUCCCAAAUUUUACAGACAAUCGCUGAUAAUUAUAUUCUACUUAUGUUUUUGCUGCUAGUAAAACGUUUACAUUCCACGACAAAGUUUACGAAUUCCGCAUAAAAAAGAAUACACAAAAAAUAACUAAGCAUACCGUAAAUCAUUUUGUAAUUGUUGACAAGGCGUUUACGAAUGCGCCACUAAUUAUAAAAAUUAAAUACUUUAUCAAGAAAGUCAAGCCUGAAAUAUUUUUAUAAACCAAUCAAUCACAUAUUUCGAAUUGUUUGUAUGACAUCAGGCUGCCUUAUCAACAAGCCACAACUUGAGCAAAAAACGUUUCUUUGCUCUUUAAAGUAAACAAAAAAAGCGGUUUAAAGUUUCUAUCACCGUUUGCGAUUGUCUGGCGCCCGUCCAUUGUCUUCAUAUCAUAUCUCAUAGAUAAUACCGAUAUCUCUGACGACUUAAUCAAUAGAUCAUCACUUUCCUAUGAAUCUUAACUCUUUGAUAUUAAAUAAAAAUGUAUUGCAAGUAGUUAAGUAAAAUUUGUAUCUAGAUAUUAAGCUAUAUAUUUAUUAUUUGAUUUUUUAUUUAAGGGUAUGUACAAUUAAUAUUAAAACUAAAUAAUGAUCGAAUAACUAGAUGAGAAACAUAAUUUAAUUACAAUCUAAGACAUAAGGACUACACAAAUACUUUCGAGAGCAGCGCGAAAAAGUUGUUGAUCAAUUCCAUUCGCAUUACAAAAUAAUAAUACCGAGAAUUACAUAAACUAUUUAUACAUACAUAUAUAUAGGAAUAAUGUUGACAAACACACACAAUCAGAGCGAAACACAGGCAAACUGUAGGCACCAAAUAAAAAUUAUUUAAAAUAGAAUAAAAUAAAUUUGAACAAAGGUCGAAAAUGGUAAAUUAAUCACAAUGCAUAAAAAAACAAUAUGAUAAGCAACUGUGCAACUUAUAUGUAUAUGCAUAUGUAUGUGUGUUUGUAAAUGUAUAAUAACAAAGUCUUUGUUGUUGAGAUGCACGUCUGAUGUUUAGUUUUAGGCGAGCUGGCCAGCGAGCAACGGCGAGACAACUUACUUAGCAAUUAGCACAAAUUAUAAUAAUUACAAAUAAUCAUAAAGAAAUGAAAAUAAUAUAACACAGUUUGCACAGUAA